AGCGCACGCUCCGCCCUUUCUCCUCCCUAGACCUGCGGGCUUUUGUUAUGCAGAUGGCGGCGGGAGGCUGAGCCAGAGAAGGAGGGGUUGCUGGGGAAGGAGGAGACGGAGAAGGGGAGGGAGGAAAGUGCAGCUCGCGCGACCAGCCUCCCCUUCCAACGUCACAUUGUGCAAGAGACAAAACCCGGGCGCGUCGGAGCUCACACGCGCACGCACGGCAGACGCCCCGGUCGCCUCCUCUCCGUUCUCUGCGCGGUGGAGAAAGCCGGCCAGCUUUGCUUUGUGGAGGACGCGGAGCUCAGUCGGUUCCCAGAGCAGCUCAGAGCAAAGCCAGGAGGUGAACCCAGCCGGGGAACCACCUUCCUUCUCCGAUGCCUGCCUAGCCUGAGACGUCCCGUCUAUCCCAUCCCCCUCGCCCAGAACUCCGUUCUCUCCCCUACCCCACCCCUUGGGGGUUUCACACGGACAGCGCCCCGGAGCCGAGGGCGUGUCAUCGGGUUUGGAUUCCACAUUUCAGCACUUCGGACAGCGCCCCGGUGUUUCAGGAUGGCAAGCCUGCAGCAGGGCGAGAAACAGCUGUUUGAGAAGUUCUGGAAAGGGACCUUCAAAGCGGUGGCCACUCCGCGUCCCGAGAGCAUCAUCGUCGCCAGUAUCACAGCCCGCAAACCGCUCCCCAGGACAGAGCCCCAGAGCAGCCUGUUGGUCCCAGCCCAGGAUGGACCUUCAGAAAAACUGGGCCAGCGUCUGACCACUGAAGCCUUUGAUACCAACAGCUGGGGCAGAGACAAGGCCUGCAGGGAUCUGGGUCCUGCCAGAGCACACAGUGCUUCUCAAGACAGAGACCUGACACCACCACCUUCCUCCAGGGGCAAAAAGAAAAAGAAGAAAUCGACCAGAAAGAAGAGAAGGAGGUCCCCAUCCUACAGCCCAUCGCCAGUCAAGAAGAAGAAGAAGAAAAGCUCCAAGAAGCAUAAACGACACAGGUCUUUCUCGAAGAAAAGGAGACACAGCUCCUGUAGCCCUAAAGGCAAACGACGGGAAGAGAAGAGGCACAAAAAACAAUCUCGAAGCCGGAAGUCUCAUCGGCAUAGACAUCACCGAUGCCCCUCAAGGUCCCGGAGCUCGGAACUGCGCUCCUCCAGCUGCGAGAGCAGGCACCGAGGUCGGUCUCCUGAGGAAGGGCGGAAAUCCCGCCGAACACACUCCCGCCGCUGCUCCAAGAACUACUGCAAGGUCAGCCCGGAGGCCCGGUCCAGCCACCUGCCCAGCCAGCCCCUCCAGAGGCUCGGCUUCCUGUCAGCCAGGGGUGUAAUCUCUGGGUCGGGGUCUGCUGCUGACCUCUUUAGCAAAUCAGCCAGCCCGCUCACCGCCUCCCGAGGGCGCUCGCAGGAGUACGACUCAGGCAAUGACACGUCCUCGCCGCCCUCCACACAAACCAGCUCCGCCAGGUCCCGGGGCCAGGAGAAGGGGAGCCCGGGCGGAGAUCUGAGCAAGAGUCGGGACCUCAACUGUGGCAACACCUCCGAUUCAGGGAACUCCUUCACCACCUCCUCCCCGCAGAACAAGGGGCCUGUCUUGGAGAAUGUCUCUCCCAGCUGCAGGAACAGUGAGUCAAGAGGCUUUCAGUCUCCGUGUCUACAGUGUGCUGAGGUGAAGAAGUCUAGUUUGGUCCCAUCCACAGCCCGGAGCUCCCCCAUCAAAGAGUGCUCCCGGAGCUCCUCCUACACCAGCACUCGAUCCUCCAGUCCCUCUUCCCGGUCUCCAAACCCCAGAGCCUCUCCCAGGUACACCCGGAGCCGGUCCACCUCCUCUGAAAAAAGGUCCUACUCUCGCUCUCCCAGCUACUCUUCCAAGUCUGGCAAGAGGAGCCCACCUAGCAGAAGCUCGAGGUCUCGUCGUAGUCCCAGCUAUUCCCGCUACAGCCCCAGCAGGGAACGGGACCCCAAGUAUGGGGAGAAGGAACCGCAGCCCCGAGAGCGAGCGCGCAGGAGGCGAAGGUCCUACUCGCCAAUGAGGAAGCGCCGGAGAGACUCCCCAAGUCACCUGGAGGCCCGGAGAAUAACCAGUGCCCGCAAACGCCCCAUCCCCUACUACCGACCCAGCCCCUCCUCCUCCAGCAGCCUCAGCAGCGCCUCCUCCUGGUACAGCAGCAGCAGCAGCCGCUCGGCCAGCCGCAGUUACUCCAGGAGUCGUAGUCCCAGUCGGAGCCGCAGCCGGAGCCAGACCCGGAGCAGGACGCGGACCAGCCGCAGCUCCAGCUCCCGCAGCCUCAGCUUGGGCUCCCGGAGCCGCAGUCGGAGUCGGAGCCUGAGCUACAGCUCAGCAGAAAGCUAUGCCAGCACGAGGCGCUAGGCGAAGGCCCUCCCUCCAUCCAGCUGCCCACCGGGAGGACCUCUCUGUACUCUCUGCCAGUCUCCUUUACUACCUGACCUUCAUACCGUCUCCCUGGUGACAGAUACAGAAUACUCCUGGCUCCU